CUACUCUCCUCAUUUCUUUCUUGCUUUCUCGUGGAUAGUAAAUGCCAAGUUGGCAGAGCCUCCCAGCAGGUUGAACGUGCAGAGUACUGUACAAUGGCGUCUGGACCAGAUAUCAUAACUUACAUUGGCGUUCCACUUGCGGUCCUCGGGGUAGCGCCCAUUAUUUAUAAUACCAUCUCAACGAUCGCCACGGUUAUGAAAGUCAAACGUAUGCUUCGCCGCGGCCGUCUCGCAGGGAUAACUAGGGGAGAUGUUAUUAACCAUGUGAUUGAGGUUGAACUUCCCCGUUACACAAUUGCCCCCUUACACAGAGAAGAGCACUAUAAAGAAUACUGGGGAUUGUGUGACUAUCCAAGCAAGAUUCCAGGAGGUAGUUGGACGAUUUUCAACUGGAAGUGUCAUAAGAUUGGACUUAAGACCCAGAGAAUCGAUUAUACAGACCAGCUUCGACAACCACAGGCCGAGAUUGGAUUCGAAGAGCUGAUAAGCUUUCUCCUCGACCUGGGGGCUAUUCCAAGCGCCAAUGGGUUCCGUAUGCUGCGAGGAAGUGGUCUCUGGGUACCCAUAGGGACACCGCUUCUGCUUUCUCCCGAUGGGCAUGAAACGGUUCUAACAAUUGCUCCCUUGGACGACUCCGAUGGAAAUCUGUCUUUAGCAGUCAAAUGGUCAACAAAUUGGGGAAUGAGGGACCAAUCUAGUCUCCCACCAUACUGGGUAUUGAUCAAGGGCCUUCCAGCACAACCGAGCGCAGAUGGAGACAACCCGGAGACGAUUGUUCCAAAACCUGUCGAAGAAACGACAGAAGAAUCAGCAAAGACUGAUGGCAACGAUACACUCGUAACCAAAACAGCCAAAUAUAUACCUACCAUCGAGGAGGCGAUACCGGCUAUACGAUGCCAAAUUGGAAUCAAUGGUCUGAUUGCCGCAAUCCCAGACGACUUUGAUCCUCAGCUUUUUGACCAACUCAGUAUUGGCCACCUGGAAAUCGAUGACAUGAACACCAAUACCACUGGUAUCUGGUUUGCCAGCGCCAUCACGGCGUUUGGAACAAGUUCUCAGACUAUCCUCUGGAAUUAUAAAAUUCCGUCCGAUAUCCUAGGUUUUGCAAAGAAAGAUUCCAUACCCUGUGGUAUUCUCGUUCUACUUGGCGUCGUGGGAGAAUCAGCUACCCCCGAAUGGGCAACACAAUACGACGAUGAUGGAGAGAAGCGUGAAGAGCAGAGGAAGAAGUUGAAAGAGCAGUCGAGAGCUAUGAUGAAGGAGAAUCAGCUACCUCCAGACCAGAAAGCAGCAGCUAUACGAGAAAGGCAGUUGAAAUCACAUGACGAUUGGGUGGAAAGUCUGAACACAACGAGGAGAAGAGAUGCUCAGAGAGUGGAAACGAGGAUGGUGGAGGCGGUUCAAAGUCCAAAGUGGGAUAAUAAGCUAGUUGCUGAGCAUAAUCUGGCGUGGUUGAAGAAAGAGGGCCAUGUGGAGGAGUCUCAUGAUUUGAAGCGUGCUGUUGAAGUGUUGCUUUGGAGGAUGGUGAACGAUCCAAAGAUUACUGGAGACUUGGUUACGCUGUUGGAUUCAUGGAAAGCUUUUGUUGACAGCGGAGGUAUUCGAAGGGUCGAUUAUCAGAUCUUGAAGGAGAAUCAGGUCGCGUUUGCUAAUGCGAGUCUGCUCGUGACUAUUAUCGAGGAUUCAGUGUCGGCGGCGCUUGGGAGUUUGGCUAUGGACCUUCAGGAGUGUAUCCGAGUUUGGAGAAAGGUCAGGCUUGGCUGAAUAUAUACCCAGAGUAUUUGGUUUCGAAGAAUAGUUCAAAGUACCGAGCAAAGGUGAAGAUUGAAAUUACUUCCCGUCUGAAUGC